CGAGCUCGUCAGUGACAACCAACACUAUGGUCAAGUCGUCGGACGUCGUCCUCAUCCUAGUCGCUAUUAUCUUCCCCCCAGCAGCCGCUGCUUUCGUGUCAGGGUGCAGUUGCGACUUAUGUAUCAACGUAUGCUUGACAAUUUUGGGCUACUUCCCCGGCUUACUGCAUAGUCUUUGGCUCAUCUACAAGAAGAUGCAAGCUGAGGAGCGCUACGGAAGAGGCGGCUUCGUAUAUGUCGGUAAUGGCACCUACCAGCCCGUGCAUAACGCACCCAAUGCUCCCCCUGCUAACUACGGAGCCACUGCAUAAUCUAGUGCUGUUGUCAGCAGAAGCGAGGCACAUGUUAGGCUAGCUAGACUAGUGGUGUGCCUGCAUUAUUCCGUCGCAUUUCGUUGUAUCUAUAUGGACAUCCCCUUUUCUUUCAUUCCAGCUAGGAUCGGAUCAUUUUGGUCCGAGCCAUCAUGUGCUCAAAGUCUUCCAAGCUCAUAGAGCCAUCCUCCGAACUGGAAAAUACCUGAAGCAUUUCCCUCACCUGUGACAAGGGGAUAAGCAUAAGCACAGGGGUUCCCGGCGUAGUACAAGCUACAUAACU